AUGGCCGAUGCAUCCACGCACGAACUCGUCGGUUGCGAGGUCACCCUCAAGGGCCUCAACGCCAAGCCCGAGCUGAACGGCCGCCUCGGGAAGGUCAAGGCGUGGCUCCCGGAUCGCGGGAGGCUCCAGGUGAAAUUGCUCGACGACGACGGCGUCGAGGAUCGACGAGAGGCUCCGCUCGCGGUCAAGCCCGACAACGUCGAGAAGGUGGACAUCGCCGACAAGUUCCGCAACAUGAAGGUCAACAAUGGUCGCACGGGAAUCAGCGCCAGCGCCGCCGCCGAUCUGCUCUACACCGGCGGUUCCAUCAAGCCGCCCGCCGACUGGGACGGCAAGGGGGUCACGGACUUUGAAAAACGCAGGCCCCUCUACGACGAGCUGGUGCUGUCCUUCACGCUGAGAGUCGAUGACGAGUACAAGUUCGCCGGCGAGAUGUGCGGACUUUUCAACUACAUGGCGGAUGGCCACUCGCGAGCGCCGGAGAAGGGCAGCCGCGGCAACUCGGUGUUUCGAGAGUUCAUGAGAUACGUACGAAGAGCGCGAAAGGUCGGCCUCCUCGGGUCGUCUUGGUUCACCGACGAGAACAUGGAGGAGCUGGCGACGUACGCCGCGGACAGCGGAUACCUGUACCAAGCGUGGGAGAAGAGCGACGUCACGGCACAUCUCGGCGGAGGUGGGUUCACAUCGAUGAGGCUGCGGGGUUACGCCGAGAGCGUGUGCAAACACGGGUUCGGCAAUGAGUGGUUCUCCGACGACGACUACUCUGACGGAUACUACGAUUCAGAAGAUGACGACGGCGAGUACGAUUCAGAGGAUGACGACGGCGAGUACGAUUCAGAGGAUGACGACGGCGAGUACGACGACGAGUACGAUUCAGAGGAGCGUUGA